AUGGCCAAAGGAGAAGGAGGGGAACAAUACUCCAACGCCAGUUUAUUGACCAAACCUGGCAACUCCGAUGGCAUUUCUCUUUCUAGAAAGCACGAGCAGAGGAACAGACUGUCUGUUUGCAACAAGCUAUGCUACGCCAUUGGUGGAGCGCCCUACCAGAUCACAGGAUGUGCCUUAGGCUUCUUUUUGCAACUCUAUCUGCUGGACGUAGCACAGCUGGAUCCAUUCUACGCCUCAAUCAUAUUGUUCGUGGGCCGAGCAUGGGAUGCGAUAACGGAUCCCACAGUGGGCUUCCUGGUCUCCCGGAGUCCCUGGACGCGUAUUGGACGCAUGAUGCCUUGGAUCUUGCUCUCGACUCCUCUGGCUGUGCUCUCCUACUUCCUAAUUUGGUACGUGCCCCCCUUUGAGGACGGCAAAGUCAUCUGGUACCUUUUCUUCUACUGUCUGUUCCAGAGCCUGCAAACCUGUUUUCAUGUGCCGUAUUCCGCCCUCACCAUGUUCAUCAGCUCGGAGCAGAAAGAAAGGGACUCCGCUACAGCUUACAGGAUGACUGUGGAGGUUCUGGGCACUGUCGUCGGUACAGCCAUCCAGGGUCAGAUUGUCGGCAUGGCUAAUGCACCGUGCGUCCCGGGCCCUGGUGAAAUUUUGGCCAAUUUAAGCAACUCCACCGCGGGCCUAAAUGCGACAGACCACGUCAUUUCGCUGGAGCAUACAAGAGCUGCCUACAUGAUCGCCUCUGGUGUCAUCUGCACAAUCUAUGUCCUCUGCGCCAUUGUUCUGUUUUUUGGUGUGAGGGAGCAAAAAGAGUCCAGCCGUCCCAAAUCGGAGCCGUUGUCAUUCUUGCAGGGCAUCAAGCUGGUGAUGGGACAUGGGCCUUAUGCCAAACUGGUCAUGGUCUUCCUCUUCACUUCAUUAGCAUUCAUGCUCCUGGAAGGCAACUUUGCUCUGUUCUGCAGCUACACCCUGGGAUUCCGAAAUGACUUCCAGAAUAUUCUGUUGGUGAUCAUGCUUUCAGCCACUCUCACCAUCCCCUUCUGGCAGUGGUUCCUUACCAAAUUUGGGAAGAAGACUGCAGUCUAUGUCGGCACUUUGUCUGUAGUUCCCUUCAUGAUCCUGGUAGUGUGCGUGAAGAGCAACCUCAUUGUCACCUACGUUGUCUCCUUUGCUGCCGGGGUGAGCGUAGCAGCCGCCUUCCUGCUGCCUUGGUCAAUGCUACCCGACGUUGUUGACGACUUCCAGGUGCAAAACCCUGAAGCCACUGGCCAUGAGGCUCUCUUCUACUCAUUUUACGUCUUCUUCACCAAGUUCGCCUCUGGUGUCUCACUUGGGAUCUCUACUCUUAGUUUAGAUUUUGCCGGCUACAUCUCUCGAGGGUGCUCCCAACCGUCUGAAGUGGACAUCACGCUGAAGGUGCUGGUCUCUGCUGCCCCUAUCCUCCUGAUCAUGAUUGGUCUGAUCAUCCUUUACACUUACCCUAUCGAUGAGGAGAGGAGGCAAGGCAACAGGAAACUCCUACAGGAGCAAAGGGAAGAGGCGGAAUCCGAAACGGACUCAACCGAACUCGCCAACAUGAUCUAG